AUGUUAAUUUUAAAAAUUAAAAAUGUCUAUUAUAAGGGAAAAAAAAGUAGGGAAAAAAAAGUAGACCCAGACUCCAUUGGAUAUUAUAAAGUUGCAUUAUUAUUUUUUAUUACAGAGCUAUAUAAAAAUUUUGUUGGUACUGACACAUAUGGAAUAAAUCUUGAACAUCUUGAUAAAGAUCCUGAUAGAGAUUUUAAAAAAAUUGUUUCACUCACUGUCUCUGAAAGUGAUACUUCCCAAACCAAUAGUGAUACAACCCCUGAAAAUAAUGAAGCUGAAAAAUUUGGUGUCGUUUUUAAGUCCGUAGAGGUUGAUCAUACAAAACUAUCAUUAUUUGACUUUAUCUUAAAGUCUGCUUCUGAUUCUUCAAAUGAUAUUGAAACAAAAGUAUCAUUCCAAGUACCAUUAAUUUCUUCAAUCAUCUCUUUUACAAUCAUCACCAGUUCGCCAAUUGACUUAUCACCACCAGAUUCUCCAACCCAAUUAUCUCAACCAUCUCCACCAUUACCACCAUCAUCACCAUCAUCACCAUCAUCACCAUCAUCAUCACCAUCAUCAUCAUCAUCAUCAUCAUCACCAUUAUUAGAAAUUCAACAACAAUUAUCCCAAUCAUCACCAUCAUCACCAUCAUCAUCACCAUCAUCAUCAUCACCAUUAGAAUUUCAACCAUCUGUAUUAGAAUCUCAACCAUCUCCACCAUUAGAAAGCCAACAACUAUUAUACUCAUCAGAAUCAUCAUCAACAUUAUUAGAUUCUCAAUCAUCUGUAUCAGAAUCUCAAACAGCACCGCAAUCUCAACCAGAAACUCCUAAAGAUAGUUAUUUUGAAAAAUCAUUAGUCAGUUUAGCAAAUUGUCAACCAAAAAAUUCAUUAACAAAGAGUUUUUAUGAAAAUAUUGAAGCUAUCAAAUCGUUAUCUAAAUAA